AUGGACAAGUCUUGCGGUGAGAAGGGCGUCACUUUUUCGAUUUGGCUUUCGCUCCAGUCGACAGGCGGUUCGAGGCACAGGUAUAUCUUCAACUCUGGGGACGCUGGAAGCAGUGACAUCCCGGCCGUGAUGGACGGUCACGGCUGGGCAAUUUUCACCCUGGGAGACUUGGUCGGUGUGACGAUAUCCGAGGGCAACCGUGACUGGGAAAUUAUGCUCGAUUCCAAAACCUACAAGAUAGAUCAAUGGCUGAAUCUUGGGGUGACUUGGAGCGUAUCGGACGGAAUGCGGAUCCUAAUUAACGGUGUCGACAUAAACUUACCUUCGAGUAAACCCAAGACGCGAUACAAAGGCUACAUUCCACCGCCCUACUUGGUUGUUGGCCGCUUCAACACCGACGACUCGUCCACCUGGUUGAGUCCAGCUGAAGCCGAGGCGGCUAGCAAUAAGCCCACAGCUUCAAACCUGCCGAUUUUCUGGGAAAUGGCACAUCUUGCCUUCUCCGAGAUAGCCCACUUCAAUCACUACAUGACACCGCGAGAGUACGCACAGAUGUUCGGUUUCCUCGGCAACAGCCCCAUCGGAGGCGACAGUUUGCGUCUGUGGCACGGCCUUGGUCUCCUGGAUCCAACAAUCCACGACCUCCUAUUGGCCAGUCGACUUGAUAUCCCCUUUCAAUUCGGCGCGCUCACUCUGCGUAACGCGAGCUCCUUUAGCGUGCAAUACGACAGCAGCGUGGAAGCUGUUGUCCUAGGCAACGAGACAGCACUUCGUUUUGGACCGCUUGAUCCCCGUGAAUGUCCUGGCAACCUCUCCAAGUGCACGGAGGUAAAAAUGUCCUUUAGCUGUGUGUGGGUUCAAUGA